UUUUAACUUCAAUCGUUCAAUCAGCAAUGGCUGUUUGUUAUGUAUUGCGGCCUUGAGAAUUUUCGUCUCGACUGCAGUCGCUCCCGUCGAUUUUACUAGGUUAGCAGAUAUAAUCACCUCCACAACGAAAUUCUGUAUGAAUUUCCCUUGUUUACCGAGAAGAAUUAAUUCAGAAGCAACGUAAAAUCAGUGGAUUAUUAUGUCGGAUUUUUCUCCGCCGCGGAAGACAAGGCGGUCUUCGAUACUGAAAGGUAGCAGAGCACCAUUGCAAAAUUUAGAGGACAAUGAGGGCUAUGAUGAAGACCGAACAACUGUCACCAAAACAGCAUUCAAGAGGAGGGUCAGCUUCUCUUCCACAAAUAACGUGCAGGAAUUUUGCAAUGAUGUAGACGAAGUCUGGGGCGAAAGAUAUGAGAAACCAAUGAUGCUCUCGGACGCCAAAUCACAAUCUGAUCUUGUGAAUUUGCAAUCAACCAAAAGCUUUGAAAGUUUAAUGACUGGUCCAAUAAAAAGCCAGCACGAAAUGCAAGCACCACUUGCCACUCAUGAUGACCAGGAAGAUGAAAUGGAGCUCACUUCAACAGGCAUGCCCACUUUCUCUCAAGAAUCCCAGACAUCUCAGGUUGCAGUGACCGUCAUUGAACGUAAUGCGCCGUGUGCAGUGGAUAAAGAGAAUUUAAUCCACGCUUCAUUACCUUUGAUGGAAAAAACAAUCUUGAGUACAACCAACAUGUCAAUGGACGGACACUCAUUGACUGAAGAUGCAAGCUACCUGAAUUCACCAGGCUUAAACAAAACACACCUGAAUUUCGCAGACGUGGAUGACUCCGACGAGUCUGAUGGUGUCUCGGAUAUUUUAAACUCUGCCAAGCAGACUGCUUCUGCCAGAGCGAUGAAUAAAACGGCCCACGAAUCUAUUUGCAUGGACAUCACUUCCGUAUCUAGACUGCCUCGUGUUGACGAUGGAGAAGUAAAAACAGAGGACCACAAUGCUGCGUACCCAAGCAUUUCUGAUUUUUCUGACCACACCAAUGAAAUGAAGGGGGAUGGCUCUGAAUCUUCCACUGACACUUUAGACCUUGUCAUGCCUGGGGAGGCCAUGUUCAGCUUCUCCAAAAGUCGCAAGAGCUUGUGCCUUGCGUCCAAUUCAGGUGUCCAAAUGGACAUUACAAACGUUAACAACGCCUCCAGUACAUCAAUGGAAAUGACCAUGGCUCCCGGAAACUCGUCAAGUUCACAGAUGGACAUUACUAUGGCACCGAAAAAAAGUUUAAUUUCCAGCAAUGAUUCCGCUUGUGAGAGCGCUAACAACAAAACACUGAUCCAUACUUUGGAGAUGAGUUUUGAUGAAGAGCAACCUGAUGUAGAGAAGCAACCCGCGAAAAUCAACGACCACACAAUCUGUCAUCCUGUAGACGUCAGUGUUGAAGAUUCGAUUGGAAAUUGGAAUCCAGCUGUUGUGAAGAACAAUUCAACACUGAAUAUUCCAAGCAACAAUGUCACCAGAAGCAUUUCCUUGGAGAGUGAAGAAGAAAAUCUGCCAAACAACCUCAACUCAAUACCUGAAGUUAAAGUUUCAACAUUUGAAACUAAGCAGGAUGCUGAUUUGUCUUCGGAAGAUAUACUUGCCAAACCGUUGACACCUGACACCAGCAUUGUUAUGGACGAAACGUCAAGGGCAUCGUUUCUGAACAAAACCUUUGAUGUGCAUGCCUCCGCCAGAGUGCUUGCGGCGUCUUUAAUGGAUUGUACCAGUAUUAGUGUACCAGAUGAGUCCCUGUUGAGCGAUUCUGUUUUCCGGAGUACGGAAAAUUGCACAGGUACAAAUAAGGCGGGCAGCCAACUGACAAAUUUUGGCCCUAGUGCAAUGGUUGGGGAGUUGGCGAUUGCGGAAGGCAACACGCCUGCAGCUUUUGAUAAAGCACAAAUCUCCACCUCAAAUCAUGCGGCUUAUGCGUCGCUGAAAAGGUCUUACAUGAGCAGCUGUGACUCCCCCGAGUCCGUGCCAAGUCGGCGCAUUGCCCUGUCUGAUGAUCAAGAACUAAUCAUUUCCCCCAACAAGGCGAUGGUGGUCACCAGGCCAAGUCCUGAAAAACAAAUCUCAAACGGCAAAUCAGAGGCGGGUCCUUCGCACACUCUGCGGUCAUCUCCAAUUUGUCGCAGCUAUAAUGCAUUGUCGAUUGAAAAAAUGCAAGCAAGGUCCUUCAGUGUGGGUGACAGAAAUGUGACUGGGAGUCAAAUGAAGAAAGAAUUGCAGAAGUCGCGACGACAGCCUGGUGAUCACUCGCCUGUCAAGAAAAUUUGCGUCUCAAGGGGCCUUGACAUGUCUACAAGCAAGCUCAAUGAUUGUUCAAGGACCAAGUCAAACGUGUCUAGUGGCAACUUGGACAGCUCCAGAAGGAUUGACUUUGAUGCGUCAACGAGCAGGAUGGUGAAUGACGCAAGUAGUUUCAUGAAAAGGAGCGAAAUGGAUGUGUCGAAAAGGAGCGAAUUCGACGUUUCCAAGCUGAGCAUUUCUUUCAUCCGGCCUGAAAUGCAGCGCAAGCCACCCUUGCUCAUGGCCAGCUUUGAUGAAUUUGAGAGAAUGCUUGCUGAAAAGAAGACGAACACCAAGCUCGCUGAACUUAACGCGAAAAUGGACGCAAUUUUGAAGUGGCACAGUGACAGAAAAGCCAGCAUGGAAACCAAGGAAGCAACUCAAACUCAAACUGACGCUGCUACUGUCCAGGAUGACGCCAUGGAAGUAGAUGUUCAACCAGCAGACCAAGACGCUGCUCUCACCCCGUUAGCCUCAAAACUCAAAGAAAUGUGCAAAAAGGUUGAGCGGUGUUGGCGAUUUGUGUCAGAUGAUGUUUGCGGUAUUGAACUCUCAAUCUUAAACAACACUAUGAAAAUGGAACUUGCCAUGGAUAGUUCAGAUGUUGUCAGAAAGAUCUCAUUGGCUCCUACUGACACAACUUUUCCAUGGCAGCGGUUUGUGCAUGACCUCUUUUUGAAGCGAGUAAAUGCUGAGGAAUUGACCCAGGAGUGCAAAUCGAAAAAUGAAAUUCCAAAACUGCUGAAAGACUUGCAUCCAAAGCUGGUCAAGUUUACCCAUUUGAUGAUCACUCUGGAAAAAGCCAGCAAAAGGAAUGUUCUCUCGUACCAGGGAACAAGGAUCCACUUCAGAUGCUACAGUCUAAAGUUGGCUGUCGCAGUUGAGGUGUCUGUCGACGUCUCUAAGUGGGACAAAAUUGUCGACACAGAUGUCAAAGCCUGGACUUUUGUGGGAAGUCUUCAGCUCCAGGAAAUCCCCAGCUUGGUUGCCUAUGAGCGGAAGAAUGAAAAUUUUCUUCCGAAGUACAUCAAAACUGUUGAAGAAUUUAUUGCCACAAAGGAAAAAUUUGCCUAGCUAGUUAGAUCCUCUUGAGUCUUCUUAAGUCUUGUCUGUCAUUGUUAUAUAACAUUUCAUGAGUGUAAAUUACUUCAAAAUGAGAAGUUUUUAUUUUUGCGUUAUGCUGUAAGUUUUAUUGAAUGUAUUCCAGUCUAUCUAUAUUUAUCCAGAAUUUAAAACUGAAAAGUAAACUUGGCUGUACAAAGAAGCCUAUAUGUACUGUAAGAAAAUAACAAUAAAUGAGUAUUAUGGAUAAG